AUGGAAUUGUCGGAGAAAUUUCAUCGUUUGAACGUUAGUUGUACUCCAGAUUAUAUGCCUACUGCCAUCGAGAAUAUAGAAAGCUUGGGUACAUUUGGAAUUGUUUUGAUAUCCGUUGGUGCGGCAUUUACUAUGAUGACAUUAUAUUUUGCCAUAGACGCUAUUCAUAAUGUUUUUUCACAAAAAGAAACGGGUCUUUACAAAUCUAACGUCGUUAGUAUUUUCUCGGUUUAUCCAAUAGCAAGUGUUUGUAGUUUGAUGAUAAUAGCGAUACCAAGGACGCAACUAUUAUCGGAGGCGCUCAUUCAAAUUGUCCUGACUAUAUCGCUUUAUCGUUUGUUUCUUCUCCUUACCGACGUUGGCCGUCGAAAAAAUGAUAAAACGGCUCCAUUAUUGCUAAGAACUGGCCCUUGUUGCUGUUGGCCAUGUUUGCCCUUUCCUAAACUCGAUAUGAACGAUUCUCGUCUGGCCGUCAUUCGAUUGAUCGUUCUACAACUUCCUAUCGUACAGGGAUUAUUGUUCUUCAUAAUGUUAGUUGUAGCCUUGGAUGAACAAAAAAUAGAACCAAGUUAUCUUAUCUGGUUUCAACCAUUCACAUUAAUUAGUAUAUUAAUUGGUAUAUAUGGUUUAACGAUCACCAACAAAAGUCUCAAUGUCGUUGCUCCAGAAGCCAAACUGAGAUUGAAAACUUUGGUAACCCAACUGGCUUUGGUCUUUUCCAAGCUUCAAGCUAUUAUUAUAAAACUUCUCGUUUAUACUGGCAUUUUUCCUUGCAGUCCACCAUUACCACCAAGAGUUUUUGCCAAUGUAACACAAAGUGGUCUGUUGAUAAUCGAGAUGUUGCUGCUUUGUAUAGCGGCGAGGCACCUUUAUUAUGUUGACCUGGAAAAAGAAGAAGAUUCAUCGUUAAAAGAUCGGUCAAAUGACAAGCCUCACGGUCUGACGAAUAAAAACGACCUACCUGAACAACUUUCCAACAAAAUCGCUGUAGUGACUAUCUCUUGAACAAUCAGAAUUGUCGUUCUGUUAUUUGUUUCAAGAUUUACAAAGAUAGAGAAUAGAGAGAAAGAGAGAGAGAGAGAGAGAGAGAGAGAGAAAGACGGACUAUUUGUUAAUAAUUUUGGGCCUGAACGGAAUUAGUGCAAUAUUUUAAUCAAAGCUUACGAAAGAAAGUCUUCUCUUAAAUAUUUUUAAUGAUAAAUAAAAAAAAAAAGAAGAAAUUGGAAUAUCGAACGAUUCACAAAACGAAGAAACGAAUUUCGAAAUUAGAAUAGAAUUUGACUUUCUCCAGUAUGAAAAAUAAGAAAAUAAAUAGCGAUAUGUGGGAGGUAUUUAAAGUAAGUACUUAAGUCUAUAUAACUUUGGAUUAUCAGUCGAAGAAGUUUCAUGAUUUCGUGUCCUUGAAAGAAAAAAAAGUUUUAACUCAAGAGUCAAGAGAGAGAGAAAGAAGUGGCAUAUAAGAUAAACGUAGAAUUUUUGAUAAGCCAGAAGCCACUUCUUUACUCGUUAUCUCUGAUGUUUUACAUUUGAGUUCAAAAAUUAGAUUUAUUUUAUUACCGAGGAAAGUUUAUAAAACAAAGAGUAAUAAUGUUCAUUCUUGGAUACUUGAAAUCUUUAUAACCUUAGAUAAAAGUGCACGUAUAAUUGUGUGUAUAUAUUAUAUGAUGAU